AUGUCAUACAAUCAAUUUAAUCGCCCAGAAGGGCCGCAGUCGUCGUGGAACAGUGACCCGAAAUCGUCUCCGCCAUUUGACCCUACAUUGCCCAAUCCUACGCAAUUGCCCCAAGAUGCUGGCUUCCGCAAUCCGUGGUACACCCCGAACUCUACCCAGAUGCAGCAAGGUCAGCCGACACCCCCAAGCUUGGGCUUUCUUGGCCAGAGAAAGCUGUACUCCAAUCAGCUUCCGGUAACGUACGAGAACGGCGACCAGCCUACCGCAGCCGGUCCAUUUCUCACUCCGCCAACCCGUGCAGACAAUCCUUUCAAUCAGUACUAUACGAGUCAAGAGGUACUGCUCAAUAACUUUCCUGACAGGCGUAUGUCCGCCGCCGUCGAUGGGUCGAUGUUCAACCCAUACAACACCCUCAGCCAGAUGCAAAUGAAAAAUUCCCAGACACAGGACUUCAGCAAUUUGCCUGGCCAGCCUAUAAUGCUCAACAUGAAUGCUGCCAAUGCAGCACCAUCCUUGCCGAGACGCUCCUCGGUAGCCACCGGCGCACUGCUGUACCAGAACAAUCCAAUGAGCUCCCGGUACUUGAACUCUCACAUCGGCCAAAACUACAUGCCUGCAUUUCCUGUGGCUCAAUCAGCUACUAAGCAGAUCGUUCCCAAAAUUAUAAGCGUGCGGAACAAAGGUGACCUCAAACCCAAGUUCCACAACCAGCCAAAGUACCGUAGACGCUCAGUCAACUCCAUCCAUAUCUCGCCUGCCAAUGCGUUGACCGUCUACUUGACAGAGUCGUAUUCGAUGUGCCAGCCCCAGAAGUUCCGCUACUCUAAAACCUCUAAUCCAAAGAGAGUGCUCACCAAACCCCUGGAACCAAAAUUGAACAACGGCCAUGACAACGAGGAUAGUGAUUACAUUUUGUAUGUAAACGAUAUGUUAGGAACAGAGGAGGGUCGGAAGUAUGUCGUUUUGGACCUCCUAGGUUCUGGCACUUUCGGUCAGGUUGUCAAGUGUCAAAACCUCGCCAACCAGUCGGUUGUUGCAGUCAAAGUUGUCAAAUCCAAGGCCGCUUUUCUUAAUCAAUCUCUUUCUGAAGUCAAGAUUUUAGAGUUUCUCAAUCAGAACAGCAGGUCUGAGAGCUUCAUCAGACUAUUAGAUACUUUCAUGCACAAGGAGCACUUGUGUUUGGUCUUUGAGCUUUUCUCUUCUAAUCUCUACGAACUCAUCAAACAGAAUCAAUUCCAUGGGCUCAGCAUGAAACUCGUGAAGUCGCUCACACGCCAGCUCUUGGAGGCUUGCGCACAACUCAAAAACUUCCAGAUAAUACAUUGCGACUUGAAGCCUGAAAACAUUUUACUAUGUCAACCCGACAAACCUGACAUCAAGGUCAUUGAUUUUGGAAGUGCUUGCUUCACCCGCAGAACAAUAUACUCCUACAUUCAAUCAAGAUUCUAUAGAAGCCCAGAGGUCAUUCUCGGUUUACCUUACACAGAAUCUAUUGACAUGUGGUCCCUAGGAUGUAUUGUCGGCGAAUUAUUCCUCGGAUUACCCAUGUUUCCGGGAUCCUCCGAGUACAAUCAGAUUUACAAGAUUGUGAAUAUGCUAGGACAGCCACCACGUCACAUGUUGGAGCAUGGAAAGAAUCUGCUUCAUUUCUUCGAGAAAAUCCCACCAAUGGAUACUACACAAAAGCCAGCCUACAGAUUGAAGACUCAUGAAGAAUAUCAGGACUUUAUCUUAAAGACAAAAGGACGAGAAGAUGCAGCAAAAGCUGAGCAACCGAACAAGAACUACUUUGAGCACCGUUACCUCAAGGACAUCAUUCUCAAUUACAAAAUGCCGUCGAAGAAAAUGACGCAGUCUAUGAUAGACAAGGAGAUCAAGGAGCGUCACCUGCUAGUCGAUUUCCUCACAAAAAUCCUUAAUCUUAAUCCUUUGGAGCGUUUGAAUCCGCUGGAAGCAUUGAAGCAUCCAUUCGUGAACGAUCUGACGUUUUUGGAUUCGGCGGCUCUCGCUUCGGUCUCGUUGACUAACGAGCCCAACUAA